AUGAGGCAAGCAGGGGCAUAUUCAAGAAUUCUUUCAAGAAAAACAGGUCCACACUCAUUGCCACUAGCAAGAAUCAAGAAAAUAAUGAAGAAAUCAAGUGAUGAUGUGAAGAUGAUAUCUGGUGAAGCUCCCAUUGUUUUUUCAAAGGCAUGUGAAUUAUUCAUUGAAGAGCUCACAAAGGGGGCAUGGAUUAAUAUGACCAAUAUGCAUGAAAAAAGAAGAAGUACACUUCAUAAAGAAGAUGUUGCAUCUGCUGUUAUAGCCACUGAUGUUUUUGAUUUUCUCGUUAAUUUGGUUACUCAUGAUAAUAAUUGUGAGUUGAAGGAGGACUCUCAUCAAGUUAUAAUGGAAACAUAG